AUGGACAAAAAAGAGAUAAAAGUUGCUGAAUGUUUUGGAAUUGAUAUGAAAGACAGGUUAUGUGUCGUAGACAGGAACCGGUAUCGCCUGGAAAGUAUUCGGCACUCUCUUAGAACAACAGGUCAGGGUGACACUGGUUCUUUCAAGGAAAAAAAAAGUGUUGCUGUGCUUGGUGUUCAUGGUGAUGAUGGUAGCAGUAGCAGUAGCAGUAGCAGUAGUGGUAGUAGUAGUAAUAGGAGAAACAGGCUUACCCACUAUCCGGUCCUUGUUCCUCCUCGUUGGCCCGUUUUCGUCGUCGUCGUUGGUUUAGUUUUGGUGCCGUACGGCGAGGACUGGAUCGUGUCCGCUCCUGCUAGGUGCCUGUUGAUGGUGCUGGUGGAGGGCAGGGCAAGUUAUCGUCGUUGCUAG